AUGAGCGACCCUCAACCUUCUUCCACCUCCCAGCAACCUGCGAACGGGUCACAAGAGCAGCAAUCUUCCAUCCCACCUUCCUCUGCGCAACCACAAUCAUCUCUAGAGACGACGGAUUCGACUAUUAAACCCGAGCCAGACCUGGACGCUUCCAUCGAGCAGGAUAUCGAUAUGAACGCCGAACAGACUGGCGCGGGUGCCGAGGAGAGCGCCGCUGCCGCGCUCACCACGGAAGUCGACCAGCUGGCCGAGUCGUCUCAGCCUAGCAAGAAGGAGACGAGUCUGCGCGAAUUCCUGAGCAAGAUGGAUGAAUAUGCGCCGAUUAUCCCCGACGCCGUCACCGCGCACUACCUCACUCUGGCCGGUCUCCCACCCCCCGGCACGGGCCCCAACCAAACACCACCUCACCUCGCCCGCCUGCUCGCUCUCGCAACCCAAAAGUUCGUCUCUGACAUUGCUGCCGAUUCAUAUCAGUUUGCCCGCAUCCGCGCCUCCAACUCUUCCUCCGCCAAUAACCCCAUGGGCAGUUUGACCACCGCCGUGGGUGGUCCGGCCGGUGCGGGCGCCGCGCCUGGCGGUGUUGCAGGUGGCGAUGGCACGAAGGGCGGCAAGGGUAGUACGCAUCUGGGUAUUCAGCGUCCUGGAUUUGGUGGUGGUGGUUCUGGUGGUUCGGGGCAGGGACGGACGGUGCUUACGAUGGAGGAUCUGGGCAUGGCUGUUUCUGAGUAUGGCGUUACUGUGAAGAGGGGCGAGUUCUAUCGUUAA